AUGGAGCUGAAGCAGAACACGACCAUUAUCGUGCUUGGUGCUUCCGGUGAUCUCGCCAAAAAGAAGACUUACCCCGCGCUCUUUGGCCUUUACCGAAACCAGUUCCUUCCCAAGGAUGUCAGAAUCGUCGGAUAUGCCCGUACCAAGAUGGACCACGAGGAGUACCUCCGACGCAUCAAGUCCUACAUGAAGACCCCCACCAAGGAGUCCGAGCAGCAACUCGAGGACUUCUGCGGCCUUUGCACCUAUGUCUCAGGCCAGUACGACAAGGACGAGUCCUUCCUCGUCCUCAACAAGCACCUGGAGGGGAUUGAGGCGGGUCGAUCUGAGACCCAUCGCCUUUUCUACAUGGCUCUGCCUCCCAGCGUCUUCACCAUCGUCUCACAGCACCUGAAGAAGUGCUGCUACCCCACCAAGGGUGUUGCUCGUGUCAUUGUCGAGAAGCCCUUUGGCAAGGAUCUUGCUAGCUCCCGCGAGCUGCAGAAGUCGCUUGAGCCCGACUGGAACGAACAGGAGCUGUUCCGAAUUGACCACUACCUGGGCAAGGAGAUGGUCAAAAACAUUCUGAUCCUGCGAUUCGGAAACUCUUUCUUGGGCGCCACCUGGAACCGUCACCACAUUGACAAUGUCCAGAUUUCCUUCAAGGAGCCCUUCGGCACCGAGGGCCGAGGCGGCUACUUCGACGAGUUUGGUAUCGUCCGUGAUGUUAUGCAGAACCACUUGCUCCAGGUCCUGACCCUGCUGGCCAUGGAGAGGCCCAUCUCCUUCAACGCCGAAGACAUCCGUGAUGAGAAGGUCCGCGUACUCCGCGCUAUUCCUGCCAUCGAGCCCAAGAACGUCAUCAUUGGUCAGUACGGCAAGUCUCUAGACGGCAGCAAGCCUGGUUACCGUGAGGACGACACCGUCCCCAAGGAGUCGCGAUGCCCUACCUUCUGCGCUCUGGUCGCCUACAUCAAGAACGAGCGAUGGGACGGCGUUCCCUUCAUUAUCAAGGCUGGCAAGGCUCUCAACGAGCAGAAGACCGAGAUCCGAAUCCAGUUCAAGGACGUCACUUCGGGUAUCUUUAAGGACAUUCCCCGAAACGAGCUUGUUAUGCGCAUUCAGCCCAACGAGAGUGUCUACAUCAAGAUGAACUCGAAGCUGCCCGGCUUGAGCAUGCAGACCGUCGUCACUGAGCUUGACCUGACUUAUCGCCGACGAUUCUCUGACCUCAAGAUCCCUGAGGCCUACGAGUCUCUCGUGCUUGACUGCUUGAAGGGCGACCAGUCCAACUUCGUGCGUGACGAUGAGCUGGAUGCCAGCUGGAGAAUCUUCACUCCCCUGCUCCACUACCUUGACGACAACAAGGAGAUCAUCCCCAUGGAGUACCCUUACGGAUCUCGUGGCCCCGCUGUCCUUGACGACUUCACGGCUUCGUAUGGCUACAAGUUCAGCGACGCCGCCGGUUACCAGUGGCCCACCACCACUGCCACCCCUAACAAGUUGUAA